UUGGCAACUUGCUCACUGUUCAGAACAGCGAAUAGCGUCAACGUACAAGGCCUUCAGCUUUAGUCUCAACCAACCAGUCAGACUAAUCGUCAAAUAUGUCGUUUGGGGGAGGUACCAAUAUCUUUGGCACUAGCAACACUGGCACGUCCAUCUUCGGGCAAUCUAACGCGUCUAAGCCCACAACUUCGCUCUUUGGGAAUACGCAGCCCUCUUCCGGAGCGGGGACCACAACGACGGGCUUCGGUGGCUUCGGGAUGCAACCCCAAACCCAGACGCAGCAACCUGCUCAAGGGAGUUCUGUGUUUGGAGGAGGCACUUUCGGACAGACACAACAGCAGCAGCCGUCCGGAUCGACUUCGAUAUUUGGGCAGCCCGCGCAACAACAACAGCAGCAGCAGCAGCAACAACAACAACAACAACAACAACAACAACAACAACAGCAACAACCUACAACGUCUCUCUUUGGGCAACCUGCUCAACAACAGCCCUCGGGUACCUCUUUGUUCGUAAAUCCUUCAGCAACAAAUACGACUGGCAAUGCAUUUGGAAGCACUCAGCCACAACAGUCUACUAGUCUCUUUGGGAGCACGCAGCCGCAACAGUCUACUAGUCUCUUUGGGAGCACGCAGCCGCAACAGUCUACUAGUCUCUUUGGAACCACUCAACCACAACAACAGACAAGUAAUAUGUUCGGAAAUACCCAGUCACAGCAGCCGGGUGGACUAUUCGGGAGCACGACUGCUCAGCAAGCAGCUCCUGCUAGCGGGCUGGGGGUGAGUACAGCGGGGACAUCCAUCUUCGGCCAACAAAGACAAUCAUCGAUGAUGAGUACCACACCCAUAAGCGGACCUGCACCUUUUUCAAAAUCCACGAAGUUCAAUGAUCUUCCGGAUGAUAUCAAGAAGACGUUUGAAGCUAUUGACUCGCACAUUCAGGGACGUAUACAAAUAAGCAACGAGCUCAAACAGCGAAAAAUGGGGGAAGAGGCGAUCAAGGGCCAGGAGUUAAUUCGCGAACUGCACAAAGAGCUGCUCGGUGUAUCCUCUGUUAUCCAAUCGGACUCUCUUUUUACCAAGGACCUGAAAUCGAAGACUGAACAAGCGGUUCAAGACACAAUUGUCGCAACCAACAUUAUUGAGGGCUUUAAGAAUCCCCAUCAGAGCGCAGCAUAUCUCAAGAAUCAUGCUUCGUUCCCUCUGGAAUUCUUCACCCGAGUUACGCAAGAGAUGCAGGAGCGUCUGCAGUGGUUCAAAAACACUAUCGAACAAAUUGAGCGGAAACUUUCCGCAUCAGCAUCCCAAUCUCAAAAUACACCCCAAGCAAUUUCAUCCACCCUCCAGACGCAACACGCCAUAUUCGUUUCGCUUGCGGCUAGGACUGCGGCUGUUGACGCUGAGGUUCAAAAGGUGAAGACAUUGUACACACAACUGUGGCGCGCGAAAACGGGGAGUAUGCGUGACCCUUUUAAUGAACUUGACCGCGGCAGUGGGGGAGAGUUUGGGAUGGAGUCGUUACAGGUCAAGUGAGGUAGCUCUGCAAAUUCCUUGAUCAGCGUGAUACCAGCUCGGAAAAAUAUAUUCUUGCAUAAACGUUGCAUAUCCGAUUCCUUCUGUGAACUAUGAAUAUGCCCCG